AUGUUUGAGAUUAAACUUUGUGAUGGUGACAAGUAUGAGGUAAUCGGUUUUUGCGCGAAUCAUACACACGAUCUCGUACCGGCAUGGGGUUCCCAUUAUCUGAAGUCCCGAAGAAAAAUCGAGGUUCCCCAACAGGGGAUUAUCAGUAAAAUGUACGAUUCUGGUAUAAAACCGGCAGAAAUUUUCUCAUAUAUGCGUGAAGAAUCUGGUUGCGCUAGAAACCUUAACUUCACUAGAAUUGAUUCUAACAAUUUUAUACAGAGGAUUAAAAGGCUUGAAUUCUUCAAGAAAGGUGAUGCACAAUGUCUCCUAGACUAUUUCAAGAAAAAGAAACAGGAAAACAAGCAUUUUUUCUACUGUUUUCGAACAAAUGAAGACGGAGAAACACGUGGUGUUUUCUUUUGUGAUGCACAGUCGAGAAGAGAUUAUGCAUUAUUUGGUGAUGCCGUAUGUUUCGACACGACGUUCCGGACGAAUAAUUACAACAUGCUUUGUGCACCAAUUGUGGGGAUAAAUAACCAUGGGCAAACAACACUUUUUGGAUGUGGACUAAUAGAUGGUGAAUCAACUGAUGCUGUGGUGUGGUUAUUUAAUACUUUCAUGGAGGCUAUGGAAGGAAAGAGACCUGUAAGUAUAUUUAGUGAUCAAGCACCAGGAAUUUUAAAAGCCGUUGAAGAAGUGUUUCCAGAUUCUCACCAUGGAUUAUGCUUGUGGCAUAUCAGUCAAAACGCAGCUAAGCAUUUGGGUAAAACAUUUUCUGAGUAUAAAUCAUUUGCAUCAGAUUUCAAAUCUUGCAUAUAUGAUCCGGAAACAAUUGAUGAAUUUGAAAAAAACUGGAAAAAAAUGCUUGAGGAUUAUAAGCUUACAAAUAAUGAGUGGUUGCAAGGGAUAUAUGAUUUGCGAGAAAAGUGGGCUCAAGUUUACAGUCAUUCUUAUUUUUGUGCUGGAAUAACCACAACACAGAGAAGUGAGAGCAUUAACAAGUUUCUGAAGUCUUACUUCUGUAAUGGAAAAAUUCUUCCGCGACAAUUUUUUCAUAAAUAUUCUAAGGCUAUGACUGAUCGACGAGAAAAGGUAUUGGAGGAGGAAUUUAAAACGCAACAAACAUCGCCUGAUGUUUUUUUUAUUGGAAUGUAG